AGUGUACGAGCAAGCUUUUGAACUUGCAACAAAUGAAGGCCAGAAAUCGCAUGUUCGUGCCGCCAUGGGAAUACUGGGAUACAUAUUGGGUGAUGUUGAUAGAUGCAAAUUUGCGUUGUGUGAAAGGUAGCCAUAAAAGCCCGACAUAUUUUUUACAAGCUAAUUAGUUUAACCUGUUAAAUAUUUAAACUCAUAUGUCUUUAUUUUCUAGUUCUGAAUUGCGUCCAGCAAGUGAACAAGGACUUCUAGCACUCACUACCAUGGGUUUGAUCACAUCCGACAUUACCUUGGCUGCUGCAGCGCUUUCUGAGCUCGUUAAAAUUGGUCAGAAAGGUUUGUUUAUGACAAAAUUUUCAUGAAGCAUUCUCGAAGUUCAUGGGCAUGUAUUAUACAUAAGUAUUCUCACACUGGGUUGCCGUGUAGUCUGCCACCGCAAAAGUAGCAGUGCCUUUAUUUAAUAACAAUUGUUUUCAUACACAAAAAAAAAAAAUUAACAUAUAGACCCAAUAUUAAUAACCCUAAACAAUGUCUCGAACCACAAGGGUGGGCAGGUGGGAACUACCACACUUGUGGCAAAAGACAAAACAUGCUCUAUCUCGAGGCGCAUGCCCAUAUAAGGGCAUAGCACCUCGCCCGGGGCCCCCCAGUGUGAGAACCCGUUUCUCGCUUCUUUUAUACUUCAGCCAGCGAGAAACUAUAAUUCUAACACUAUAUGAAUGUGUUGUUUUGUGGUGUUACUUGACACCAACACACACACAAAAAAGUACUAUGAAUGUGUGUUUAGUUACAGUUGAGCCUUUUUUCACUUCAAUUGAAACGUAGCGUAUUUUUUUGUUUCCUCGGCACCAGAGCGGAAUGAAUGACUUCGACACAAAAAAAUGCUAGAUAUACAUACGAUCCGGUUGAAGUAGCAAGCAGGCUUUUAAUUAGCCUGUGGUUUAGUUGCCUGACAUGUUUGAUGUUUCAAUGUAAAUUUAGGUGAUGAACACUUGAUUUCCGAGGCAAGCUAUCUUUUUGCAAGUUUCUACGCUUUGCAGGUCUGAGGUUUUAUUUAUGAGCAUUUAUUUAUCUCUCUUUACUUUACUGUAAUUUGUUGUAAAAUUUGAUACAAGUCAUCUGAAUUCUUUAAGGGGAGUCCAAAGAUUGGUAAAAGUUACAUUGUCCAAGAAAUCCACAGGAGACCUCACAGCAGUUUAUUGUGGAACAAUCUGGCAAAGUUUAUCCUUCGUUUCCAACCACAUGAAUUGAAAGUAUGUGGAAUUAAAGCCUUCAAUGCAUUUAGUCUAUUACAUUCAGGAUGUGUAAAAAUUUCAUUUCAUUUUACCAGGCAGCAGCCAGAUGUGCAGAAGCCGCUCACAGACUCGGAGACAGAAAUGUUGAGGUUAGAUGAGAAAAAUUUCAUCAUGUCAUCUAAUAAACCCAGAUAAUAAUAUACAUGAAAAAAUUUCCCAAUUUCAGCAUGUGAAAUAACGGCUGGUAAAUGGACAAUGUCCAGCCAGAUUGCGGAGUUGUCUGGUCAAAUUCUUAACUGUCAUUUUGACCAGUCACUUGUAAAGGGAGUUCUGCCAUUUGAAAAGGGAAUUUUUUUCAUUUGAAAAGGGCGUUUUGCCAUUUGAAAAGAGGGUUUUGCCAUUUGAAAAGGGCGUUUUGCCAUUUGUAAAGGGAGUUUUGCCAUUUGAAAAGGGCGUUUUGCCAUUUGAAAAGAGGGUUUUGCCAUUUGAAAAGGGCGUUUUGCCAUUUGUAAAGGGAGUUUUGCCAUUUAAUAUUUCUGGUACUUAUUCUUCAGGAUGUGUCGACAACCUAUGCUUACAGUACUAUUGGCUGUGGACAUGACCCAGCGUGUGGCAAACCUGCUUCAAACAAGAUCUCCCCUGGUGUAGUAUCAGCUCAGAAAGCACUUCACAUGAAUCCUGAUUGCCUGACCAACUGGACCUUACUCUCUGCAGCACUCUCUGAUGCAAGCACUUGUUAUACUAGUACACCUCAGAAGAGUAAACUUCAGCUUUGUGAAAUGCUCACGCACGUCUCCUUGGCUAAAGGUUGGAUAUCAAUUUUUUUCAUUUGAAUUAACUCGGCGAGUUUCAGUAGGUUAGGCAUUAUAGCACAUCAGGUGAUGGUCAUCUUUAGAUAUGCUAAUUUAACUUGUAGGGACAAGCAAACUAGCCUUUCGCCCUUUUUCUCACUGUAGUUGUGUGUGCAGUGGUAAAUUUAUAAGGUUAAAAGAGUUGUCUCACAACAUACUUGUUAAAAAAAUAUAUAUAUGAUUUCCUUCCAAAUGUUUUUUCUAGUAAUCGAAGCUUCAAAUUGUCCUCUCGUGUCAAGACCAGAGGUUUUUGAAAGAAGAAAUUUAAAUAUUACAGAGGCGAGUCAAAAGUGGUUGGCACUUCAAUAUGGUUAUUGUUUAUACUACUCUGGGAAAACUGAUGAGGCUAUUCAACACUGUCAACAGGUAAAGUAAUUUCUAAUCUAUUUUCACUCUUUUUAUUAUUAUAAUAUAAUAUUGCCUUAGUCAGAUAUAAGAGAAGAAUUUUGUCCCGGUGUACUCCGGGUUUAUCCUGAAGUAAAACUAAGAGACGGACCUCCAGGGUGAAUUUGCAGUUGGCUCAAAUUUGCAGGGGCUUAAUAGAUGGCAAGGUAGGAUAUCCUAUUUGCAUCCCUCCUUUGCCAAGGCUGGGAGGGGGAUGUGCACCCCUUAGUAAAACCAUCCUUGUUGAUAGAGCUAUCCAGUAUAGUGUGAAAAAGAAUUGAUACAAAUAUUUUAUUGUUUACAUGUUUAGGCGCUAGAGCUUUGGAACACAGACUCUAUAUUUUCUGCCAAAAUCAAAUUGCUGUUGGUAGAAAUCAAUUCUUGUGUCAUUGACAACUCGAGAUGUCUUCAAGAUGUGACAACAGUGUUGGCUGUCAAUCAGGAAAACUGCUACGCUUGGCUGGUAAGUAAAAUGCCAUGCUACACAAUCUUUGCUGUGCACAACGCGGUGUCAUUCUUGCUGUGGUCUCGCGAUAAUCGCAGUCUGAAGAUAUCUUUAUAGAUACAUUCAGGCUGCCACAUGUUAUGUUGCCAAUUCUGGAAGCUUUACACCUGUAUUCUCCUCAAAGAGUGGAGGUUCAAUCUGAGCUUCCCUUGGGUAUCGAUGCUGUAUUUGAAUAGCUGGAGGGUGAGUAGUCACAAGGUAUGACGCUAAUUAACCCUACAGCUAUUCAAGAACAGCACUGACACUCAAGAAGAAGCUCCGAUUGAACCUCCACUCUUUAGUGAGUGAGCUUUUAGAAUACAGGAGUUAGUAGAGCCAGUCGGUUUAAGGUUUCCUCAUGAAUGAUUAAUGAGUUUUUCAAACCUGAUCUACAUUUUCUCAUAGUUUUCCGCACUGUUUCAUGAGCAAAAUGGAAUGAUCAAAGCUGCUGAAUUUUGUUAUCAAAAUUGUUUGCAAUUGGCAAGUAGGAAAAGGUUAAAAGUUAUAUUAUAUAUUGAAGAUUUAGAAUAAAGACAAGUUUGUGUAUGUUACUUAUUUUUUUAAUGUACUCGUAGCUUGUUCCAUGGGCAAAUUAUUUUGUUGGUCCGUUUGGCGCACCUUGCUCUGAGACAAGCCAUGGUAUGUUGUUUGUUUGGUUUGUUUUGUUUUGUUUUGUUUUGUUUUGUUUUGUUUUGUUUGUUUGUUUGUUUGUUUGUUUGUUUGUUUGUUUGUUUGUUUGUUUGUUUGUUUGUUUGUUUGUUUGUUUGUUUGUUUGUUUGUUUGUUUGUUUGUUUGUUUGUUUGUUUGUUUGUUUGUUUGUUUGUUUGUUUGUUUGUUUGCUUGCUUAUUUGUUUGCUUAUUUGUUUAUUUGUUUAUUUGUUUAUUUGUUUGCUUAUUUGUUUGCUUCAAAUGGAACACAAUUUAAAACUGGUUUAUUACACUCUAAAUAAACUUGGAUUCGAUGGUAUGUAAAUUAAAGUAACAUUGCCAAGUUUUCGGGAUGCAACUACCUGAAAACUUAAAACGAAGAAGGGCCUUCGCUCGAAACGUCGAAAUUCUCCUUAAUAUAUUUUUCAGGUUGUAGCAUCCCUACUAACGAAAGCUUGUUAUUAUUGGCAGUGAUUUGGCACUACCUACACUGUCACAGACAGUUCAAAAUUAAAGCAGCGUGUAGUAUAACUUUUUGUAUUAUUUGUUAGCUGCAAAAAGAUUCUGCUCGUUGGAUAGAAUUGAUUGUCGAAGCUUCUACCGAGGUAACUGGCAAGAGAUUCCAUCGUGAAGCUGUAUUAGAAAUUAUACACUCGCAGGCUGAUUAUAACUCCACUUUGUUGCAGGUUUUGAAGCUCGUUCCAAGUUGUUCAGCCGCGAUUCUUUUAUUGGGAAUUGCUCAUUACCUACAAAAUCAUGUCAGGUAUGUUAGGUGUCAACUUAGACUACGUGUACACGGUAACGUUUUCGAGCGUUUUCAUUUGCGUUUUCACGCUAAAACGGAUGCGAAAACUAUUAAUUUACGACUGAAGCUGUAGUUUAUUUAAUAUAUUGGAGAUAUUUUCCUUUGAACCACGUGAACAGGGCAUCAAAGCGAUUAAAGGGACAAAAACGUUUUUGAAAACGCUCGAAAACGACGCCCGUGUGCACAUAGCCUUAGUCCCAGGCUUCGCUCCUGUUAUUCUUUUCCUGGGGUACUGUGUAACGUUUGAGCGGUUACGGUACACGUGGGUUCCACGUGCUGACAUGCUUCAGAACGACAGGCCGGAUAGAGGCUGGUUAAACCGUCUGUAGUUAACAUAAAGCACUCAUGGUAGCACUCGUAUUAUCAUUGACAAUAUAUCUAAUACGCUUUUCUCCAGACAAGGUAAAGAUGCACUUGGCAUGAUUAACAAAGUAGAUGCGAGUGGCAAAGACGUGGCCAAUUUUUAUCUUGUUUUAUUGAAUUUGAAGAAACCAGACAAGGGGGAAACACUAGAAGUAAGUAUACUUUAAUUCAAACACUCAUUAAUAAUUCAUAAGCUUAUUGGCAAAUCAUGUCAACUAUAAUAUGUCACGUGCAGUGGCGCUAAACCUGAUAAAACACUCCUAAUUAGUAUUCUUUAUAUAAAGAAUACUAAUAAGGCAGUAUCUAUUGUUGUCGUGUCCUCAUUAGUAUUUUUUAUAUAAAGAAUACUAAUAAGGCGGUAUAUGUAUUGAAUUUGUAUAGUCGUGUUUGAAGCCGUUUAAUAAACUCGCAGGUCGUGUUUUAUUAGGUCUAAAGCCACUCGCGCUGCGCGCUCGUGUCUUUAAACCUAAUAAAACACUCCUGCUCGUAUAUUAAACAGUACUUUGUAUAUAUUGUGUAUAAUAGUGUGUGUUGGCUUGGAGUGAGUGGUUUGGGUACACUACCCAACCCACCCUACCCAACAUACACUGGGUUGGGAAGGGUGGGUAGGGUGGGUGGGUGGGUUAAGGGUGGGUUGUAAAGGGUGGUUGGAUUGGGUAAGGUGGGUUGGGAAGGGUGUGUGUGUGUUUUUUGUAAAGGGUGGGUGGGUUGGGUGAGGUGGGUUGGGAAGUGUGGAUUGGGAAGGGGUGGGUUAAAAUCACCCUCCGACAUUUCAGACACUUCGCCAGGCUUAUUAAGGGAACUUACUUCUAUAGGAUGUGGUACAAAACGCAACAAGAGAGAACGUUGGUAAUACACUACAAGAUGUCUUACUGUAUUUUAUGGGGAUGAAUUUUGAUGGUUUAGCAAGAAAGAGACUUUUGAUCAAAUGUGUUCAUAUAAAUCCAAGUGAGAAACGUUUUUGGAAUGCAUUACAUAAUUUAUAAUGUGUUUAUACCUGGACAAUGCUGGUCAAACCUUAAUGCCUAAAGGUAUAUUUUGGCAAGCAGUUUUAUAUAAAUUGGCUGGUCCAAUUAUAUUUGAAUCACAUGAACAGAAUUUUAUGAACAGAUUUUUUUCACUUUUUAAAAUUUUUGCCUCGGAUAUUUUCUCAUAUAUAAUCAACAUCUAUAUACUCAAAUUUCCUAUGUCAUGAUUUGAAAAAAAAAGUACAAAGAAGUAAAUUUAGUUUGUGUGUCACCAAACAUAGCAUUUAGAUAGAUUCUGUUCAAGGUAUGUGUUAUUUGCGGAGCAAUCAAUUUACAGAAAAGGUAAGAUUAAAUAUGAUUUGUCGAUUUGCCAUACGAUUGUUUGUAUUGAGUAGAUUUUACUAGAAAAUUUAGGUACUCAAUCAACUGUCGGUAUUUUGCC